AUGUUGGCCACUAUCUGGACAGCCUUGUCUAAGGCCUCUGCGACUCCCAAGUCUGCAGAGCUCUCGCCUAUCGAGAGGGACCGGCAGCUGAUGCCGGUGUUGACCCAAGAGCGACCACCUGCGUCCCUAUUUACCCCCGACAUCCAUCUCAACGUCAACGCGGUCUCUGCCGAAGUCGACGCAUAUUUCCUGCAACGGUGGCCCUUUCGUAAUCAGGCUGAACGAGCCAAGUUCCGCGCCGCUGGCUUUUCGCGAGUGACGUGCUUAUACUUCCCGGGGGCGUUGCACGGCCGGAUCUCAUUUGCAUGUCGCCUACUGACUCUGCUUUUCCUGAUUGACGACCUCCUCGAAGAAACCUCGCUGGAAGAGGGGUCCGCAUAUAACGAGCGACUCAUCGCCAUUUCCCGCGGAGAUCUUUCCCCGGACCGCACCGUCCCCGUUCAAGCCAUAACCCAUGAUCUCUGGGAAGACAUGCGAGACUGCGACAAGGUGCUGGCGGAUGACCUGCUCGAACCUGUCUUUACAUUCAUGCGCGCCCAGACGGACAAAUCGCGCCUCGGAAUGUGCGAAUUGGGGAAAUACUUAGACUAUCGCGAACGGGAUGUUGGGCAGGGCCUCCUGUCGGCCCUCCUGCGCUUCACCAUGGAGCUCCAUCUCACGGACGCCGAACUGCGCCGAGCUGCCCCUGUCGAGCGCAACUGUGCCAAGCACAUUGCCAUCGUAAACGACAUCUACAGCUGGAGCAAGGAGCAGCUGGCGGCACAGACGUUGCACCAGGAAGGGGCGGCUCUCUGCUCGGCGGUGCAGGUCCUGUCCAACGAGGCGACCUUGGGGCCCACAGCGGCUCAGCGAGUGCUGUGGACGAUGUGCCGCGAGUGGGAAUUGGUGCACCGGCAGCUGGUGCAAGAGGCCAGUGCCGGCAGCAGUCAUAGUCUCCAGAUGUACCUGCGCGGGCUAGAAGACCAAAUGAGUGGCAACGAGCGGUGGAGUGAAUCGACCCCUCGCUACCACCGUUGA